GACGAGCCGUUUGUUUCAUGGAAAUCAACAUGGAUUUUACGGUUCGCAAGAAGCUAAGAAAGUGCAGACGAGGUGUUCUUAAGUUAGAGAAUCGCCAGAUUCAGACUCCUGGCUGUUCAUUGUACACAAGAGGAGGAGCAGUUCCCCAUCUCACUCGGGAUCUAUUGCAUACAGUUGCAGAUUUACCAGCAAUUGUUCAUCUGACUCUUGAAUCCACGUGAGUUUGUUCUGUUCAUAUUAAACCGUUAUGGCCGAGGCCAAGAUCGCUGAAUUACAGUAAACGAUUAUUAAUUGUAAGAGCACAAUAAGCGUAUUUAAAAUCCUUACUAAAGUAUCUUAGGAGUACACCGUGUUAGGUCAGAUAGGUCUAACGCUUGCGGUUUUACUUGUAGUGAAAUUUUAUUAAGCUGUGCACGAAAGCUUAUUAUUAGCUCAUAAGUUUACUAUAUCAAAAUUCUCAAAUCUGAUUGGCUAUCAGCUGUCCUGAUUUCAGUAUUAAUAGGACAGUGGGUAAGAUUUCUGUAUAACCCAAUAAAUUUAUUAUGCCUGCAGCAAUUUCCCCCUUAUCUACAAAUACAGUGAAACCUAGUGUAUUAAGCGGACACCCUCGGGGAAAGCUGCAGUGUCCGCUUAAUACAGGGUGUCUGCCUAAAAAAGGUUUCAAUAGAUAACGACAUAUGAGGUAUCAAAUGCCAUUCAAAUAAACAGUGGAAACGUUUAGUAUACUCGCAGAGACUAUGACGAUAUACCUUUGCAUGAAUUUCUUUACAACUCAAAUUUGAAGAAAUCAGAUGAGUGAAAAAAGCUCUAUACAAACAAAACGAAAUAGAAAACAAUACUGUACUGGGAAACUAAUCAAAUUAAGUUCUUCAAGUCAUGUUUUUUAAUGUAAAAAUCGAAAAAUUUGUGGGUGACAAUUCGAGACAAUCUUUAGCAUUUCCGGUGUCUGGCAUGUUGGGUGGUGGAAUUUAAUUACAAGUGUCCGCUUAAUACAGGUUGGCAACAACAGAAAUGAUCACUUUAGGUACUUUUUAGGUGUCCGCGUCCACUUAAUAAAGGUUUCAUGUAAAGUAAAUAAGGGAAAUAGAUUUGGGGACUUCGGCUACUGUCCGCUUAAUAGAGGGUGUCCGCUUAAUACGGUGUCCGCUUAAUACAGGUUUCACUGUAGUUACCCCCGCAGGGAUUUCUAGGAAAUCCCGAGGAUGCACUCUAGUAACUUGCGCAUAUACUAAGGACAGUACUUACAGUUGAAAUAUACAGUCAGUAUGCUAGAAAAAAUCUUGAUUUGCUUGAACAGGGGCUGCGAGGAAUCGGUAGGUAAUGAUGACGUUUCUAUUGUUUGCACCCGCAAGAACGAAAUGGUUAGGGUGACAUAAAGACAGAAAAUCCCGAAGGGACCGCUUAGGUAGAUUUUGUGACAUUUAUUGUGCAGUCAUACUGCGAUACUAUGAACUGCAUGUAAAAAGUGAAAGAGAAAUAGCGAAAAAUUCAACUUCUUCGUAUGGUUUAAAAUAAACUAUUCUCGAAACUGAGAAUGUUUUGAUCAAAGCUGUGUAAAUCGAACUGAAAUUGUGCAUGGAACCUAGCGUUUCCUGUAUUUAGCUCACCUAUUGUACAUGUGUAUGGAAUAUGUGUGAAAAUCUUGAUUAUAAAUUGGUAUAUUUCAAAGAGCUACACAACGAGCAAGCAGAACACUACUGACCGACAAUAUACAGAGCGGGGGCAAAUGUAGUGUCAACUAUUACUAGUUUACUACAUCAUCGAGUCGAAAUGAGUAUGCAUAAUAAAUGUAUGGGGUUAUUAGGAAAUCUGAAACUUGUGUCUUGGUAUAAGAGAACUUAAUGUCAUCCAGUUUGGUCAGUAAUCAUACUUGUGAUUAAACAAAUCAGACUCCCGCUGUGCAGUCGUCCAAUUUUGUUAAUAACUCGUAUUCAUGAUUUCAAACUGGUCAGUGUAAAACGCAGACUGCGGCCUGUUGUUUUUCCCAUGGAAAUAGGGACCUUAAGCAUUGACAACGAAAUGCACGACGAUGAUGCUUCGCAACCAAGGCAGACUGGGCCAAGGGUUUCAUUUUCAGUGGCGAAAACGAAGUUUAAGCAGUGCAGUUUCCCAGACAGACGGCGACUUUUUUUUUGCAAAGAAGUUUGUCUUGUUACAGUCUUGUUAUGGCAUUCAAAGACCUCCGUAAUUUACAUCUUAUAAGCUAUGACAAUGUUUAAUCAAUGGUGGCAAAUUGAUUGCUCUUUAUGACCUGUAAUUUGAUUGUGGAGGCUUUCUCUUUGUCGCGCAGCUUUUGUUUUUGUUUUGAAGUUAAAAGUGAAUACUGAAACAAACCGAACCUGAAAAAAAAAUUCGAGUUAGCAAGCGAAGAAAUCAACAAAAUGCUUAACAUUUGGAUUCUACAUGUACUGAAUGACAAGGUGGAAAAAGAGUGAUUUACACACAAAAGGCAUAUUUUAUAAUAACGUUUUAGCGACUACUGCAAAACUCCGUGAAUUUCAUCGUCGACGAAGGCUGGAUGACGUUUUGACAACCCGAUGCAUGCCCGGAAGGUUCGCGCAGGAAAAUUUCACUUCCAGUCGGCAUCGUCGUCCCAUUUCGUUGUUGAUGCUUAAGGUCCCUAAUGAGAAUGUGACAAUAAUAGUCUCAUAGUUUUCUAACCCUAAAAACAAUAGUCCACAGUCUGCAUUUUACACUGCCUUGAUUUCUAACUGAAUUGGACUCCACCAAGUCCUAUUAGUAUAUUAAAUUAUGGCUCAGUCAAUUCCAAGCGUGCCCAUCCCCCCCUCCUGGGCAUUUGUCAUCUUGUCAGUCCCGCCGGUGGGGAAUUUGUAAAUUCUAACGGCUAGGAGCAAUUUGCGAAAGGUGCUUUAUACUAUUAAGAAUCUAUCUUUAAUGCAAUCCGAACGAAGGUUACAACUAGAACUGAACAACAUAAGCUACAAGACGAGAGAAUAAAUGAUAAGAUUAUGCAAUCGAGGAGCACGUGUAAUCCCCUAGAGAGUGUCAUAUGAUCUUAAUCAAUGAAUCACAUUACAUGAUUAUUAUUUCUCCAACAUAUACCACGUUUUGAUCAGAUUAUUACAGAUUUCCUAUAAAUACGGCAUUUGCAGCUUAUUUACUGGAAAGUGCAAUUUUGGUGUUGUCUAGAGCAUUGCCUCCAUUUGUUAGGCCCCUCCGUAAAGUUUUUCUUUGAACUAUUCGGCCCUAUUGUGGGGCAUAUACGGCUUUUCCAGAAAAAUGACAACUGCCUUGGGGGCAGGGGGGGAUGGGCAUGCCUGGAGUUGACUGAGCCAUUAUCUCAAGAUUAAUAGUUGUGCACAUGUAAACUUAAUGAUAUCAGGUUUAGCAUUUAUUUUUAUUCAAUGUCUGGUUAUUGUAUUUAACAGAGUUGAUCAGCCAGGAGCUGAGACUAUUACAAAAUGUAGCUGCAAUGGAAUAACAGAAUUCUUAGGACUUGAGGUGAAGACUGAUAUGUGGCUAGCCAGAGUAAAGUACAGUAAACAAUAAUGAAUUAUUAUAUUAGCCUACCUACAUGUAGCCAACCCAUAAAUAUGGCCAAAUUCGUGUUGCAGAUUAGCUAGCAUGAACAGGGUUCCACAGUACUUUUCGUAAAGAUGUUUGCUUUUAGGACCCUCCUUUCAGUUCUUAGACCUCUCAUAAGGUGGGUAACCUGGUGAGAAACCUGUACCUGCCAAUUCUUAUUCAUUAUAUGUGAGUCUCAUGCCUGGGGACUGAUCACAUUGAUCUCACUCAUCAAGGACAAUUUUUCUCAUGCCUGAUUCACAAAUCCAGACAAAUAAUUCUUUUACACAUGAUUACCGGUAAUAACAACAAUUUAAUUCUAUUUUCAUGAAAAUAUUCCAGAAAGGAAUUUGAAUGAUGACUUUGUGUCCUAAGGAAAUCAAAACAUUAAAAUUGUCAUCUUUUAAAUAGGUUUGGAAGUGUUCAAAGUUUGUCAGAACAUCUUCGGACAUUAAUUUUUUUGGCAACAUUCAGACAUCUUUGUAAAAUCGUCGGAAAUCUUUGGAAGUCGCCGGGAUGUUUUCAGAAAUUCUGCUCAUGACAAGGCAAAAAUCUUGCACAUUCGACUCAGAAAAAGUUGGCAGGGAUAGAAACCUGUUUAGGAUCCUGCAGGAUCCUGCUUAGGAACAGGGGCCUGAACCUGAUCCUUUUCAGGAUUGGGACAUUGAUUAGGAUCCUAAUGCUCAGCAAGAUCUCUGUAUAUAAGCUUAAUCAUAGAGAUGGUAUACGAGGGGAUCUUUUUAAUAUUAUUUUGUGAAUGGAAUAAUAUUACUUCCUUUUUAUCCCAGGAAUAUGUUUCUUACCUAUCAAUUAAAGAUNAUUGAAUGAUGACUUUGUGUCCUAAGGAAAUCAAAACAUUAAAAUUGUCAUCUUUUAAAUAGGUUUGGAAGUGUUCAAAGUUUGUCAGAACAUCUUCGGACAUUAAUUUUUUUGGCAACAUUCAGACAUCUUUGUAAAAUCGUCGGAAAUCUUUGGAAGUCGCCGGGAUGUUUUCAGAAAUUCUGCUCAUGACAAGGCAAAAAUCUUGCACAUUCGACUCAGAAAAAGUUGGCAGGGAUAGAAACCUGUUUAGGAUCCUGCAGGAUCCUGCUUAGGAACAGGGGCCUGAACCUGAUCCUUUUCAGGAUUGGGACAUUGAUUAGGAUCCUAAUGCUCAGCAAGAUCUCUGUAUAUAAGCUUAAUCAUAGAGAUGGUAUACGAGGGGAUCUUUUUAAUAUUAUUUUGUGAAUGGAAUAAUAUUACUUCCUUUUUAUCCCAGGAAUAUGUUUCUUACCUAUCAAUUAAAGAUCCCUUUCAAGAUAUACGUGAAGGAUACAAUGAAGAAAAGUGUGUUUCUGUGUGGACUCCUGGUGGUCGUAAAAAGGUACUUGCUACGUAGUUACAUGGAAUAAACAUUGUGUAAAGGUGGUGCCCUGAAAUAUAUCAUUAAACAGGAUGUAGCAAAAUAUGUUGCAGGAACUACCCUAGUCUUUUGAUUGGUUAUAGGAGAUAAUCAAUAGUUAAAAGUAUUAUUUUAAAGCACCCUGCUGUACAACAACACAACUGAUGGAAUAGUAAAAUUUCCAUGAAACCCCUUAGGAUCAUAAAAUUAUUUUCUAGGAUGUCCCAUUGUCAGGUUUUCUGCAUCUUUGGUGGCAUUGGGUGGCACCUUAUCUUUAUAUGUAAAUAGUCAAUAUUAACAAACAUGUUUAUGCAAACUGUAGAAAGAGAAAAUAAGGCGACAGCUACUUUUUUGAUUUCUUACCACAGAGAUGUUCAUUGUGCCAGGAAGAUGAAAUGCGUGAAAAUCUGAUAAUUUUUUUUAAAACUAUUAUUUAUUGCAUUAAAAUUUAUUAUGUAAGAUCUCUCAGAUUUUUCUGGUGUAAUGGGGUUUUUCAUUGCCAGGUAGAUGUCAACCUUUUCCUGACUUUUCUCCAAACAUUCAAGCCUAAUAUAGCUGAAUGUCUCUGUGAUACCAUUCCAGCCUCCAAGCAGACUGACAAGAGAAUUCGCAAAUCUGUUGAUCGAACAUUAAAGUUUCUUGAUAAAUGUAUUGAAGAAAUGGAGAGUAAGGUAAAUAGUACAGUGUUUAGGUGAAUUUUUUUUUUUAACAUCUACCAGUGAUUUAAAUAAAGUAUCAAUAAAUAAACUGUGAAAGGUUUAAACCCAGGAGUCAUUUCUUAAGUAGGAUGAGUAUAAUCAUCCAGGUAAACGUAGUCUGAAAUAGGACUGUUGUUGUUGACAGUGACUACAACAGUCCUAUUGAGGACUACACUCACCUAGACGAUCAUACUCAACCUAUUUACAUGUAUGAAAUAAAUAAACUAUGGAGAUGUAUUCAGGUCAAAAUAGAGAAGUACAAUUUUAAUUGUGUGUCGCAGACAAAAAGUAUUCCAUAUUGAAUUCAUUUUUUUUACCUGUGACAAAAUACAUGUACAUCAUGUCCAGUCGGAAGCCUUACUUGACAAUUUUCACAAUUGAAGAAAAAAGUUGAAAAAAGGGUGAUUUUUAAUAUAAUUUAUUGUGUGACUGGAAAGUGUUUCAAUAACAACUUAUUGUGGUAUUUCACCAUGACUUGUUAAUUACAGUACAUUUAAGUGGUCUCCAUGCAUGAGAAAUGAAAACAUUUUGGGUUGUUCAGUGAAGUCAGUUUUAUUGUUGUAAUUUGGUGCCUCAAAGUAAAAAAUAAUUUUGUUUGCAAUUUAAUUUUGGCUAACUUAUUUUAUUUUAUUUUCACUUUUAGAGUUUAUCUUCUUGUAACUUAUUUGGAGUUAUUGAGGGCUCAAACUCAGAAAAAGAGCGAAUACGAUCAGCUUCAGAAACUUCAAAAAGAUCUGUAGCAGGUAAAAAGUAUAAGAAGACUUUUCUUUAAUCUAUAAUUGACUCUCAAUAACUGUCAAACCUUCAAUGGAAAUUGAAAACAGUUUCAGUUAUCAGGAGCUCAAAGCAAAUAGCCAGAAAGAGGAAAAUGGGAUGAGGGAGGAUAUAUAGAUGAGGAGAUAUAUUGAUUUUUUUUAAAAAAGAAAUUAACCAACAAAACUUGAUUAAUCAGUACAGUGCGAAACAAUGUGUUUAAAUUGGACGGUUGUUUUUAGAGAAAUUCAAUAUUUUGGACUACAAUUCACUGCAUUUUUUUCAAUUUGUCAUGCACUUAAAACUUGGUUUGAGUUAUCUAGGGUAAAAUGGUAUGGAAAUGAUCUGAAGGGAAACAAAAAUACUUAGAGUUAGCGGGAGGUUCGAGUUAUCCAGGGUUCAAGUUACUGAGGGUAAAAUUACAGUAGAUGUAUGAAGCAAAUCCAGUGGAAAUCGAUUUUGGUUCGAGUUAGCAUGAGUUUCGAGUUAGUAAGGGUUUGAGUUAUCUGGACACUUUUCAUAGUAAUAUUAUUAUGACUUGUUUAGUUUUGUCUUCAUCUCCCAUCAAGCUCAUUUAACUAAAUUUGUCAUCAGAUGGGUUGUGAGGGAAUCCUUGUAGUGUACUCCUGCUGCUCUUUUUUUCUUUCAGAGUACUCGUAAUUUUAUCAUUGUCAUCACAAUCAUCAUUAUCAUAAGCAAUAACACCAUCAAACAUCAUCAUCAUCAACAUCAUCAAUUAAAUUGUAGAAUUUUUUUUCUCUUUUUACCCCUACAUAUUAUUGGUUAGGCUUUGUUCUGGAGGGUUUUAGUUCAAGUGAAUGUGAAUGGAACCACCUGCUGCAGAGGACAGUGGUAGGUAUACAUGUACUCCGAAACAAGUGAAUUUUGCAGAGGCCUUGAUUUUAUACUGCUAGGAUGAAAUGUUUGGCUAAAAAAAUCUGUUGAGCAUUAAAAUAUGUUUUCACUAAAAUUUCAAAUUAUCAUACACUGUGCAGGGAAAUGUUUCCUCUUUAAGUUUUACCUUUAAUCGUCUACCCUGCAAGCAGAGGUUUCUCUCGUACAUGUCUUUUUAGUGUUUUAGUUGUUCGCAUCACUUGUCAGUCACGAAGUUGGUUUGUUUUAUAUGCCCCAGGAGAAACUGGUGCUCGUGUUGUUGCAAGCAAAAGAAAGUGACUUUUUGGGUGGAAAAGGUCCCUUUAUAGAGAGAAAAAAGGAAUGCACUGUUAGAGAAAGUAACCAAUUAGAAGUGUAGGAUUUUGAUCAGUUACACUUGAAUUUGCAUGUUCUUUCAUUAAUGGUAAGCAAUUGAUAUGAACUGAAUGCAUUGAAAUCUGGGGGUAGGAUGUUUGUUAAAACUUCAUGAUGGUUCUUAGCAAGUAAAGCCUUUAAAAAAUGCAUCUGAAAAAUCAACAAUACAGGCGAGUCUAAUUUUGAUUUUAGCACAAAUCGUGAUGACUCAGUUAUUAAAGUGAUUUGACCUUCACAUUUCUUUAACAGGAAAAACUUCCUGAUAAUAAACCCCGCCUUAUACAUGGAUUAGGAUCUCCAGGUGAAUUAAUGAACCAGUUCCAGAAACAAAGCUAA